AUGGAUUUAUAUGGGACGGCGACUCCACCGCGCCCGGCGGGAUCGAUAUCGAGCUCAGACUCGCCCCUGGAAUCGCACUCUGCGCCCGCCAAUGCUGCUCCCUCGGUUCCUGCGGCAUGCCUUGGCUGUCGUGCCAAACACCUAAAGUGUGAUGGCAACACACCCUGCGCCCGCUGCGUGAGCUCGGCUAUCGAGUGCGUCUAUGUCGCUUCGCGCAGAGGCUACAAGGGCCCGCGCAGAGCGAUGGCUCCGAACCCCAACAAGCGCCACGCCUCCUCUUCUCCAGAUGCCAGGGGUGGUGGUGAUAUCGUCCCUUCAGGCGCGCAGGGCCCCGGCCCAGACAAUUGCCCCAUGCUGCUGGGAGCCGGAAUCGCCCCGGGCCUGACCAGCACCGCUUUCACUGGGGGCACCACGACAAACGGCUCCAGUCCAGCCGGAGCCGCCGCACCCUUCCUGUCGGCCGCGUCGUCCAUGAAUCACCUACAGCUGUACAGGAACCCACCCUUCUCUACGCCCCUCGACGCCAUCCAGCACGGCGCGCCACCCAUGGCCCCCAUCAUCAGCAUCGAGGACAAGUGCUUUGACUCGUUCUACUAUCACUACCAUGCUGCCCACCCCUUCGUGCUGCCCAAGGAGCACCUAAGCCGCCAUGUGCGUGAGACGGGCCAGAAGCUGGAGCACCUCAUGACAGCCAUGCGAUACGUCGGCUCCUUGUUCCUGCAGGCCGGGCCGGCCCGGGCCUCAUAUCUGGACGAAGCCCUGCGCCUAUGUCAGUCCCCUGCCACCGCCAGGGACGGCUUCCUCGUCCAGGCUCUGCUGCUGCUCAUCGUGGCUUUGGAUGGGAGCUGUCAGCAGGACAAGGCGAGGGACCUGCUUGGCGAGGCCGAGAGGAUAGCUAUCGAGAUUGGCCUCAACACUAGAGAGUACGCUACGCUCCACGGGCGGGGCCUGCCUAUUCUUGAGGAGAGCUGGCGGCGCACGUGGUGGGACCUCUACGUCUGUGACGGCAUGGUUGCCGGCGUCCACCGGGUUACCAACUUCUAUCUCUACGAUGCAACUGCCAUCGGGACGCUCCCAGGCCUCCCUUGCGAGGAGUCAGAGUACCUCUCAGGGAACAUACCACACCCGAUGUAUCUGGAGGACUUUGAGGACCAGGUUUUCAGUGGCGAGGACCGCACGUUCUCGUCUUUCGCCUACCGCAUCGCCGCGAUCCGCAACCUCGGGCGCUUCAUGAGGUGUCCUCCCAUCAUGUUCCCCGAGGACGAGAACCUGGUCAAGAUGGAUACGCACCUGACCAACUGGAGGCUACACCUGCCACCGGGGAAGAGAGACCCCAUCGACAAGAGCUGCGCGCCUGAUGAGAUGCUCUUCCAGGCACACUUUAUCACCACUGCAUGCACAAUCAUGCUUCAUCAGCCGCACUCCCAGCUUGAUGCCUCCCCUGCCCGCAGCGUCAACUCGUGUGCGCCCUACCGUGCGGUGCCCACAGGUGACGCCUUCAACUCGCACACACGGCACACCAUCACGGCUGCGUGCGACAUCGCCAGGAUGAUCACGUACGCGGUGCCGCUGCAGCACCACACGCACUUCUUCACGUGCGUCAUCACCAUGGCGUCCAUCGUGCACCUGUCGAAGUGGGCACUGUACUUCAUCCCGGACGAGGAUGACCUGCGCGAGCAGAUCCGCCUCAGCAUCGGCGCCCUGUCCAAGCUGAGCGUCAUCUGGAAGGCUGCCGCCACCGCCUGCGGCCAGGUCAAGGGCGUCGCACAGGAGAUAUACAGGGCCAAGAAGGCCGCCCAGCUCACCCCAGCCUUCUGGAUCGGCUUCACCCAGGCCGAAAUGAUCAACAGCCUGAACGUAGACGACAACGUCAUGAGCGAGAUCGACUCCAUGUUGUCCUCCGUCACGUCGGCACCGCAGUGA